UUUCAGAUUAAUAUUUGAAAUCGAACUUGAUGGACGAGAAUAGGAAUGAGAUCGAAUUGCUCCGUAUUGAAAACAAAGAUCUGACGGCAAAGCUCGAAACAUUGAAGCAGAAACGAAAAGAUGAUUAUCCGAAACUUACGGAAUAUGAAAGAAAUGUUGCUGAAUUGGAAGCAUUACGUGAAUUCAAAAUUAAAUUAGUUGAAAGCAAUUCAAAAUUACAACGGCGAUUGCAGGAAAAGGAAAAGGAAUUAGUUGAACUGACAAAAAUAGAUCAGGAAAAGCUUGAACGUUUAUCUGAACUUGAAGAACAACUGGAAAUGGCAACAAUUGAGAAGGAAUUGGCUGAAGAGAAGGCUGAACUUCUGGAAGCCGAUAUUGAAACCGAGAAGCAGCGUGUACAAGAACUGGAAAUAGAAUUGGACUUAUCUCGAAGUGAAAUUCAACUAAGAGAAAACGAUAUAUCACAGGUCAGUACUCUAGAAAUGGAUGUUUUGUUAAAGGAUGAUGGAAUUCAAUUCAAAAUGUUGGAAUGUCAAAAUAUGAAAUUACGAGAAGCAGUAGUAAGAAUGCGCGAUGCUAUCGGUCAGUUAGCAGAAGAUAAACGAGAAUUGACUCAAAAGAAUGAAACGCUGAAGAAUGAAUCUACUGCAUUAGUGACAGUUUGUGAAAAUUUGAAAAAUAAACUUCAGAAAGCCGAGCGGACAAUACUUAUUCUAAGAGAGCGGAUUGAUGCAACAGCGGACAGUGAGAAAAUAAUCGAGAUUUUGACAGUCAAAAAUAUGGAUCUGGAAAAAAAGCUAAGUACCCUAGAAGAAACGGUUGAAGAUUAUGAGGCAAUCAGAUCGAUGGAUGAGGAAAUUCUUGAAACACAAAGAGAAUCUGAAAAGGAACUUAGAGAGGAAUUGGAUUUGACAAAUAGUCGGAUUAGUAAUCUCUUGGUGCAAAUCAAAGCAUAUGGUGAACAGGUGGAUGAAUACGAAAAAAUGAUCAUGAAAUUUCGACAGAAAAUUGGUGAAAUGAAUGAAGAAAUUCAGGGGAAGCAAGAUGAAAUCAUUAACCUGAACAAACAACUGAAAGGAGAGGAGGAUAAUGACGGAAUAUCGGCACAAAGUACACAUCUUACUACAGCUACCCGAACAUUUGCUGAAAUUGUGGAUAGAGAGGUGUGUGCUCUGGAAUUGAAGUAUGAAAUUGAACUGUCGAAUUACUUGAAAACAUUUCUGCCCGAUAAUUUCACGAAACCAGGAGGAGAUGGUGAUGCAGUUCUCCUGACCAUCCGCUGCUCUCGCCUUUCAGCUAAAAUAACUUUACUGGCAAGAUUACUAAAUCUUAAGUACCCAUAUGCACCUGGCGGACUACGUCGUGAGCACGUUACGAAAAGUCACAAAGCGGAACAGUGGGCACACUGUGCAAAGUUUUCAUUUUUCUUGAGCAGUUUCGGCUGUGCUAUUCGGCAAUGUGAAAGUAUAGUGCAUCGAUGUACAGUAGAGCGACUGUCACGUAUGGCACUACUACAAAAUGAUAUUGGAAAGGAGGAAAGAAUGAUUGAUCAGUGCAUUGAUUUACUUAGGAGUGAUAAGUUCGAUGAAAACACUUCGAUCGACGGUGUUAAUAAAGCAAUCAAUCAUUUAGAGAAUAUACUGUCUGUUCACUUUUCUCGAGAAUGGUAUGAUGCCAAACAAUUAUUCCUGGAUGCCUGUAUGCAACAUCUCCAAGGAUUAUUCUGGGUGAAAAUCAAUGCGCAGCGUAUUAUCUUUACUCUUGCAAGUUUUUCUAUAUUUGAUUCGUUUGCUACUGAGAAUAAUACUAACGAGUAUAUGAAAUCGGUGCUGAAAUGGGUGGAGAGAUGUGAGCAGCUCUGUAUGCGUUUAAAAAAUCGUAUCUCGAUUGGUGAAAACUUUAUAUUCACUCAAGAUUUAGAAAUUCAACUUACGAAUUUGAAUACAUCGUUCAAAAAUGUGGCUUCAAUAUUUGACAAUUUAUGCAGUAUUACAACUAUUCAGUUGAGCACCAUCACAGAGGCUGAGAGUUUGGAAGAAAAUUGCAUUCAAGAAGCUCUUUUGUGUUCUGUGGAAAAAGUGCAUGGUCCUUUAAAUGGAGCUGAAGCUACAGGAGCUCUGAAUGAAUAUAUGAGACUCGUACCAAAUAUUAUCACUGAUUUGAUUGAAAACUUUGAUAACGUGAAACUACUCAACAAUCCGGUAGAUAAGACAAGAUGCUUUGGAAACGGAGAAACUUCGUUGGAAUUUGGAAAAAAGGAAAAUGAAAUAACGGAAUUGAAAAUCAAUCUUCGAGCCAAGCUUGAUGAUAUUAGUAAUUACAAGGUACGUUUGGAAAUGGCUGAAAGUAAAAUAGAAUCGAUGGGAAAAAUUGAUGAAACUGAGAUGCAGAAAUUGCAUUUACAAAAUGAAGAUUUACGUGACCAGUUGAAGAAAGCAAAAAUAGAAUACGAAGAUACGUUGGAAACUUUGCAGCAUGAAAUUGAUGUUUGUGAAAAAGAAAAUUGUGAAUUACGAAACCGUGCCAGAACUAUCAGUAAAAAAGUAUUAAGUCAACUACAAACCUUGAAUUUGGCGAUGAAUCAUCCGAAAAUGCAAGGAUCAGUCACACCAAACGAUUCUAGUCCAUCUACUCCUGAACAAACUAACGAAUUGGCUUGUCUGGAAAAUGAACUUAAAGAAGCAAAAGUAGCAUUAGCAUGGGCUUGUCAACAUAUUCGACAAUUAAAGGCAAAUGAAAGGAUGCAAAUGUUGAAUAUGAUGGAUCCAGUAAUAAUUCCAUCAGAUAUAAGUGGCCAGUUAACAUUACAAUCAGUGCAAGUUUCGAAGAAAGACGAAUUGGAUAAAUUAUAUAGAAGAGCAGAAAAUAUUUUAACUGAUUCACGAUUUUAUCAAAUUCCAUAUGUUGCUGAUAUAUCACAGUCGAAAUCAAAGCGAGAUCUGGAGAAAAGGAAGCAUCUUGGAAAUAUUGCCCAUAUAAAUCAACGGAUUGCCGACCUAAGAAUUGACAUACAUCGAUUCUGUACCAGAUAUUAUCAAGGCGGAGGAUGGCCGUCACUUUUUGAGAACAUUGAAAGUAUUACGUCAAAUAAUCGAAAGAAAGAAGAAAGAAACACUGAAAUUGAUCGACAUAAAGGCGUGCACUCUCUAGCUUACAAAGAUGCAUUCCAGUCACUGUUUGGUAAUUUAAAAACGGAGCAAAAGAGAACUGAAUCAAUGGAAAUUCUUGUAUCUGUUUAA